AUGUGGAAAAGGGGGAAGGGCUCCGGUCCCGGUGUGAGACAAAAUUUCUCCCUCGUUCAUCGAUAUAUUCAACAUUUUAAUGAGGUGUCUGGCAACAAGUCAGCCCUCAUCCGCAAGAGAUCCAAGACUCCUGGCGUGUUGAUCACACAGUAUGAGGUGAGCCUGCCUGAGGGAAAGAGCACCCCAGAUUUCCAGAGUAAACCAGAUCCUGUGGCCAUCAAGGAAGGGAAAUUAGCAGUUUUUAAGGCCGUGGUGAUCGGGGACCCGAAACCAGAGGUGUCAUGGAGAAGAGCUAAAGGAAAUAUUUCUGACAAGGACAAAUAUCUAACUAAAUAUGAAAAAUCAACUGGGGAGUAUAUAUUAGAGGUUCACAAAGUGUCUGCUGACGACACUGAUAUAUACAAAUGCUGUGCUGUGAACGAGUUUGGCAAAGCCGUCUGCACGGCUACAUUAACUGUAACUGAUGUGUCAACAGAUCCAUCAGAUUUCAGAAAGUUGUUAAGGAAAAGUAAAGCAGAGCAAGUGGAUGGAGAAACUGAGGAUAAAUUCUGGGAUGCAAUGCUGAGUGCUGACAUAAGAGACUAUGAGCGCAUCUGUAGUGAGUUCGGUGUCACAGACUUGUAUAUGGUUCUAAAGAAAGUAGAGGAGAAGAAGAGGGAGAGGAUGCAAAAUAAGUGCAAGGAUGGUGGCAUUCCGUCUGAUGAAAACGCAACAGAGAAGCACAAUCUAAACGGUGUUGCGAGGAAAAAAGAUUUCAGUUUAAAGAGCCUGUUACAGGAGAACCCAGGGCUGACCCAGCUGGAUGUUGAAAAGCUCAACCUCCUCGAAACGGCCCUGAAUCAGGAGGAUUCUGAAGAAAUCAAGCUCCUGCUUACAGAGUUUAAACUUUCGAAUGUGGACUUCGUUGUCAAAAUGCAGGAGAUUACAGCCCAAGAAAGAGAGGAUGCCCUCUUUGAGUGUCUCCUGACACACCCACUACCAAGUAUUACAUGGAUGGGAAAGGGCAGCACUCUGGAGGAUGGAGAAAAAUAUAGCAUAACGGUGUCAGACCAUAAACUGAUCCACAGGCUGUUAAUCAAGGACUGCAUGCUGCUGGACAAAGGCAUCUAUUCAGCUGUGGCUGGCAUCACAUCCUGCAACGCCUGGCUGGUCGUGGAAGGUGACCACACACCUGCCGGUAACAAGAGACCUCGUAAAACAGCCGUGGCGCGUGGAGCACAGAUCGACCUUGAGAAAGUGGCCAGAGAGCAACAAAUAAAAAACCAGGAGGAGAUGGAGAAGAUUUUAGCAGCUGUCAAAGCAAAGUACGACGAAGGACAAACCAAAGGAGAAAGCAGAUCAACCGAUGGUGGAAGAGACCCUGAAAUAAAUGCAAUCACUGGUCUGGGUAAAAACGCAGGAGCAGGAGAGGACAAGGUUGACGCAGCAAAAGCCACCGUCCUGUCUGAGCAAACAGGAAGCAAAGGGAGCAAAGGGAAGCCAAAGAAGAAAAACCCAAGAAGAGAUGGCAAAGCAUCAAAACCGAAUGUUCCCGGGUGUGUAACAAAAACAGGAGGGAUGGUAGAUGCCCCCGAGAACCAGAAAUCUGAUGGAGUGGAUUUUGACAAGGUAACAGAUGCAGAUGAAGAAGAAUAUUCUGAGGACAGCGAGGACUUCAGUGAAUCCAACGAUGAUUCAAGCUUAAAGCACGGUCCAGACAUUGAAGAUCCAAAUGAACAAGCGAGUGACUAUGAAGAAAGUGACAGUGAAGACAACGAGGACCCGACUGGUGAAGUCAAGAAUCCACGUCGGGCAAAGAAAAGCCAACAGCAAGCCAACGCAGGCAAUGGUGAAAAAGAACUCAGUGACUGUGAGGAGAUGGACGAUGACACUGGUGCUGUCAAACCUAAAAGGCGUAAAAGACAAGGUCCACUGAUAGAAGACGUGGUGAUUGAUCCAGGGGUCCAGUUCAUCUGUGGAUUGUCUGAUGUCAGUGCCAUCAUCAGUGAGACUGCUGAAUUAACAUGUAAGCUCAGCAGUGGAGACUGUGACGGAGCCUGGUUCAGAGACGGAAAAAAGAUAUCCCCAGACGACAAUUUCAUUAUCACAAAAGAUGGUGCGAUCCAUAAAUUAAUGAUAAUCAGGUGCGUGGAGGAGCACUCUGGGAAAUAUCGCUUUGAAGCAGAUGGUCGUAAAACAGAGGCGAUGAUCAACGUCAAAGAUCCUCCACGGUUUCGCCCUGAGGAGCUCAGUGCCUUCACUGAGCCUGUUAUCGUCAAAGUGGGGCACAACGCCAUCUUCAAACUGCAUUUCCUUGGCCACGAGCCCAUCAAGAUUCAGUGGUACAGGGAGGGAGAUGAGCUCCACGAUGACAGCAACACAAAGAUAGAGAGGUUUGCCAGUCACAGCCGCUUGCUCCUCAGCAGGUGCCAGAGGAAGGAAACGGGAGACAUCAAGAUCAAGCUCAAGAAUGAACACGGCUUCACUGAGGCCCUUUCACAGCUAAUUGUGCUUGACAAACCCACGUCACCUCUGGGUCCUGCCGAGGUGAUGGAGAACUCGCCGACAUGUAUUGAAUUCAGGUGGCGGCCUCCUAAGGACGACGGCGGCUCACCAGUGAUCAACUACACAAUCGAGCGUCAGCAAGUGGGUCGAAACACCUGGAAGAAAAGAGGCGAGAUCCCAGGUGUGCCCAGCUUCCGUGAUACAGAAGUGGAACAUGGCCGGAGAUACUGUUACCGUGUCCGAGCAGUGACUGCGGAGGGAACAAGUGAAGUGAUGGAAACCGAUGACAUGCAGGCCGGCACGCUGGCUUUUCCCGGUCCUCCAGCGCCCCCGAAGGUGGUCAGCGCCUUCGACGACUGCAUCAACCUCUGCUGGAACAUACCGAUCAACACAGGAGGUUCACGUAUCCUGGGUUAUAUUCUGGAGAAACGCAAAAAGGGCAGUAAUCUCUGGACUGUGGUCAACGCCGUGGAUGGGCUGAUAAAAGAGAAGAGAUAUACCGUGAAGGAUGUCGUGGCAGGUUUGGAAUAUGAAUUCAGAGUAACUGCCAUAAACCUCUCAGGACCUGGUGAAUUUAGCAACCCCUCUGAGUUUGUUUUUGCUCGGGAUCCCAAAGAGCCUCCUGGUAAAGUAACAGGCCUGAAGGUGACAGAAACGUCUUACACCCACAUGGUGCUGAUUUGGACUAAACCUGAGGAUAAACCGGGGAUACAGGAUGAGGCCAAAGGGUAUUUUGUAGAAAUUCGACAGGCCGACUGUAUCGAAUGGUCCCGCUGUGUCAGCAUCCCGAUCAUCACCACUUCCUUCAGCGUGAAAGGCCUCAAGUCCAUGGACAUGUACUGGGUGAGGGUGAUAGCGACUAAUGAUGGAGGAGAGAGUGAACCUGAGGAGCUGGCCAACUAUGUGCUUGCUAUGCCCUCGCCAGUGAGGCCAAAGUUCACCGACCACAGGAUGAAGAGUUUUGUGGUAGUGAGGGCAGGAAACUCGGUCAGGAUCACAGUUCACUUUGAGGCCUCCCCACGGCCAGCUAUCAUGUGGCUAAAGGACCACGUGCCGGUGGCAAAGCGAGCGACGAUAAGCAACUCUGACGGCUCGUCCCAGCUGCUGAUCCCGUCCUCUGAGCGCUCGGAUUCUGGCAUCUACUCCAUCCUGGUGAAAAAUUUCGUAGGACAAGAGACAUUCAGUACAGAAGUCCGAGUCACAGAUGAUCCGAAGCCUCCUGGUCUGGUGGAGCUGGAGGAGAACGUACCCGACACAGUGACGGUGAUGUGGGAACCGUCUCCUGAUGAGAAGCGCGAUGACCGCCUCCACUACACGGUGUCCGAACUGGACUCCACCAAACGCACGUGGACCACAGUCGCCGACAGACUCUUCAAUAACAAGAUCACAGUCUGCAAUAUCAUGCACGGGAGGGAAUAUCACUUCCGCGUCUAUGCCAAAAAUGACAUUGGCAUAUCGGCACAUUCGGAGUCACCGACCUGGGGGAUGGAGAAGAAGAAACAAAAGUUUGUGGUGAACGUACCGACCAUGAAGGACUGUGACCUGCGAUGUGCUCCGACUUUCCUUGUCCCCUUGAAGCUUCACACGGCGCCCAAAGGCUACGAGUGCUACAUGAGCUGCGCGGUGAAGGGAGACCCCAACCCUCGAAUCACGUGGUAUCGAAACCACAUCAGUCUGAACACAAACACCAACUAUUACAUCUCCAACACGUGCGGGGUGUGCUCCAUGUUGAUCCUCCGCGUGGGCCCCAAAGACGUGGGCGAGUACACCAUCACCGCGGAGAACGACCUGGGCCGGGCUGAAAGCGCCACCGUCCUCAGUGUCAGGGAGUGA